UGACGGUUAAAGCAGGAAAAACACGCACAUGUGGGAGCUGCGUGGAAGCCUGGGCUUCAACAAACUUGUUUCUGAAAACCACACGACAUGAGUGAAGCGGAACGUUACCCCCCUCCGGACUUUAGCUGCCCGCCAGCGAGCUCCAGCCAGCCUCUCCUUCAGCCACCCCGCUUCAGUGGCUUCCAUCCGGGCAUGUGGAGCUGGACCGAGUCGCCGUGCGAGCCCAGUCGGGUCGGUCCGGGAUGGCAUCACCAAGAACCAGCGCCUAGUUUUGGUUUUCAACCGGGCUGGGGAAAUUCUGGACACGCACAUCCAUAUCGUCCAAAUUUCGGCAACGAAUGGUAUCAAAGAGGAAGAAGUAAUAAUGGACCUCCCUACCAACCUUGGAAAAAGCAGAAGAACAAGAAGGAGCCGGAGUUUUCUCAUUUCUGUGACACCUGUGACCGGGGCUUCAAAAACCAGCAGAAAUACGACGAACACAUUUCUCAGCACGUCAAGUGUUCGGUGCCUGAUUGCAGCUUCAUGGCUCAUGAAAAAUUAGUUGCCAUCCAUUGGAGACAUAAUCAUGCGCCAGGAGCCCGAAGAAUCAAGCUGGACACUGAAGAAGAGAUCUCUAAGUGGAGGGAGGAAAGGCGCAAAAACUAUCCAACACUGGAAAAUGUUGAAAAAAAGAGGAAAAUUAUGGAGCUGCGACAGGAAACGGGAGGUGUUCUCGAGACGGCUCAGUUUGGACGAAUGAGAGGCAGAGGUCGUGGAUGGAGGGGCAGGGGAUUCAAAGGACGACAUCAACCGCGUCCAGCGAACUGGAAGACUCCAGAGAACCCCAAACCCCUCAACCAGGUAUCCCAGGAGGGGGAUCCAUUAGGAGUCUUGGCCAGUGGUGACCAUGAUUCAGACAGAGAGGACAAAGACCGGAAGGCCCUGGUUGUGGCCCCUAAACAGAUGAGCUCGGCUCUCGGCUCCCUGAUGUCCAACUACGGCUCCAUGAGUGAGAGUGAAAGUGGUGAUGAACCAGAGGUUACACCGAUUCAAAGAGCUGAAGAGCUCGUCCAAGAAAACCAGACCAUACUAAACGGAGCAAACUCUGAGGGCAGCAAACCGUCCAGAUGUGUGGAAGCCUUGACGAAGGGCACAGAGACCAGAGACCGUGCUGAGAUGGUCGUCAACCCUGACAGCAGAAAAAGUGAUAGAGGACGAGGACGAGGAAGGGGAAGAGGAAGAGGACACCGUGAUGCGCCUCAAAUACGUCAACCUACAUUGCUAGAAAUGUUGCUGGCACCUGAUAUCCGCCACGAAAGGAACGUCCUCCUUCAGUGUGUGCGCUUCGUCGUCCGCAACAACUUCUUUGGGCUGGAUCAGACCAAAGAGAGUAAAGACAAAACCCCUCCAGCUCUCCCAGCUGAAAGGGACGACCAAGUGAAAGUGAGCGAUGUGCCACCCAUACCUGCCGGUGAUGAUGGACUUUCCACAAAUGGAGCUGAAGCUGACCCAGAAACUGUGAACAAUUUGAAAGAAGAUAAAGACGUGGACUCGAUGAUUUGUGAAGAACCUGCAUCACAAGUCGAAGAAGCUGAAACCACCGAAAACAUCACACCCUCUUAUAGUGACUAUGCUGUUGAGAUAUGGGAGUUUGAUGGGUCUUCUGUAUGAAAUAAAAUUAUAAAACACAGUUUUAUUAUGUUCUAAAUCAAAAUACACAAGAAUCUUCUCUUUUAUUAUAAUUGUUGGACCUUUAUUAUAAAAUGGUCUGCUUUUCUUUUGUAAAAUAAAUGUUUAGUUUUGAUUA